AUGGGCACAAUUUUCAACAGAGACAUGCCAGGCCAAGGUCUUGGGAUUCCACCAAUGUUGGAAAUUGCGGACAGGCUUCGUGCAUUGGGUGUAUCUCACCCCGCGCUUUUGCCUCAGAUAGUGGUGAUCGGGGACCAGAGUGCCGGCAAGUCAAGCCUUCUCAAGGCCUUGACGGGUUUUAAGUUUCCGCGUUCGGCUACUCGGGAGCGCGAGGAGCUCGUCAAAGACUUUCGACGAUCGACGUACAGGAUUCUUUCUGACGAGUUUCCAAAAAUCUUUAAAGAUGCCGCCAAAGUCAUGGGUAUUAAGCUGUCUGAGAAUGAAGGAGACAGAGGCAGCGCUUUUAGCCUGGAUGUCCUCAAAAUCGAAAUCAGCGGUCCAAAUGCUGAUAACCUUACGGUCAUCGAUGUUCCGGGCAUCUUCGAGACUGCCAUUCCGGGCUUGACGACUGACCGUACCAUUAUACUCGCCGUGCUUCCUUGCAAUGGCGACAUGAUCAACCAAAAGAUUCUCCAACUUGCAGCUGAAGCUGACCCCCCAGGGAAACGGACUUUGGCUGUCCUCACCAAACCAUAUCUUGCUAUUGAGAACGCAACCAAGGCGGCUCUCUGCGAUCUAGUCCACGGCGAGCGGCGAGAUUUGCCCCUCGGCUACCACGUCGUCGAGAAUCUGGGCGCCGGUGGCACCUCUGGCAACAUGGAUAACCGCCACCAGCAGGAGCAGUCUCUGUUUGAACAAGCUCCAUGGAACACCAUCACAUUCAGCAGACUGGAUAUCUCAAUACUCCGUGUCCGCAUUAAAAAUCUCUCGGUGAACCUAGCUCGCGCAGAGUUCCCAGCUAUCGAGAGUGAGAUCAUGGCGAAUCUCGAAAUGAGCCGGGCGCUUCUCGCCGAUAUGGAUGAGCCUCGAAGCUCUACCAAACAGCGUACGUAUGUUGGCGAGAUUGCUUCGAAAGUCAAGUUACUCAGAAGGUGGGUCUUGAGUGCGUACUUUGAAAGCGAAAAAGCAACCUUUGAGGACGACAAGACAAGAUUAAUUACUCGAAUUCGCGCAAUCAACGAGGCUUUUUCACGUAUCAUGCUUGAGAAGGGACAUACCAGAGAAUUUUACACUGAAUCUGAGCAUUCUGCAGCGAAGAACUAG